UUUCAUAUGGUAAAUGUUUUUAAAGUUUUAGAGAAAAUCUACCGUUCACAUUCUGCAUUAGCAGGAGUUUUAAAGGAAUUUGAAUCCCGUGGAUUAAUCAAAACCAUAUUACCCCCUAUCGAUUUUACUAUAUAUAAUGAAUCUAAUUUCAUAAAACCUUUGAAUAUAUAUGCUGGUAUAGAUCCUACUGCUGAUAGUCUUCAUCUAGGAAACCUAUUAAUAAUCCUUGGUUUAGUUAGAUGGCAAUCAUUUGGACAUCAAAUUCAUUUAUUAAUAGGAGAAGGAACUGCAAAAAUUGGAGAUCCAUCUGGCAGUACAAUAAAUCGCAAGAUGAUUGAUGAUUUAAUUUUACUGCAAAAUGUCAAUCUGAUUAAAUUAGACUUGAAUAAUAUAUUAGAAAAUUUUAAAAACUUUAUAUGCAAUAAGGAUGAUUACACAUGUAAUUUUCAAUUAUUACCUGCUAAAAUUUAUAACAAUAUGGACUGGUAUAAAUCUAUUAAUGUUAUCAAUUAUUUAUCUGAUGUUGGCAGAUAUUUUAGAAUGGGAACCAUGCUUAGAAAAAAUUUUAUUAAGAAUAGAAUAAGUUCAAUUGAGGAUAAAGGACUCACUUUUAAUGAAUUUACUUAUCAAAUAUUUCAAGCAUAUGACUGGUACCAUUUAUAUUGCAAAGAAAAUUGUGUUUUUCAGUUGGGUGGAUCGGAUCAAAUGGGCAAUAUGGAAGCUGGUUACGAAUACAUCAAGAAGAGAACUUCUGAUACCGUCCAUUGCAUCACCAUGCCGCUGUUAAAGAGUCGCAAGGGAGAAAAAAUGUCGAAAUCCCUGGGAAACGUUAUUUGGCUCAACGCCGAUAAAACCUCGCCAUAUGAUUUUUAUCAACAUCUGAUCAGAUUGCCGGAUGACGAAUUGGAAACGUAUCUAAAAUAUUUCACCUUUUUCAGUUUGGAACGCAUCGAAGAUAUCCUCACAUUUUCAAAAUCGAAACCGGAUCUCAAACACGGCCAAAUGGAACUCGCAAAGCAUUUGACCUUGUUAAUCCACGGGCCGAAAUCUGUGGAAAUGUGCGAAAAGUGUAGCGAAAUUCUGUUCUCGUGCCAAUCAUCUGACCUCACUCCUCGCAUUUUCGAUAGCUCAUUUUGGUUAGAGGACGGCGUGCGCGACAAAAAAAAUGGUAUCGAAGACGAAAACGCGCUCGAUGCCACCCAAAAUAUUUCGGAAUUAAGAUCGAGCGACACCGGAAAGGUUACCGUUUCUACCGUCUUAAAAACUCUCGGGAUUGAUUUAUCUAUCCGAAUUACGGCUGGUGGGAACCGAGAUCGUCACGUAGAACCUUACAAUACUCAAUCGGGGAAUAAAUGUCAACAUUCACCACUCAAUAACGAAGGAGAGGGCAAAAGAGUCAUGCAAUUAACGGACCAUGAAUUGAAAUCUUUAACAAUCGGUCACCUGUUGAGAUGCUGCAUACGGCCAGAGAUAUUCAAAAACGAAAAUGAUAUGCUCGAUAAAUGGGCCAACAAAGCUAUCAAAAUCAAUGGACUUAACUUGGAAAGUUUUGAUCAGCCUUUCUGUCGCGAUUCUAUGGUUUACGAGAUUUCUGACACCAAAUCUAUCACCGUUUUGAAGAUAGGUAAAAGAAAUUUUAGGUUGAUUCAAUGGCUGCAUUUUCCCAAAUCACAUAAGACAACUUACGAUGGAAUUGACAUCGACGAAACCGAUUCUGCAAAUACUACGCAUCGAAUAAACUAGAAAAUGAUGAUGAAUUUUUGUUUUAUUGUUGAAUUGUAAUAUUUUACUUCGAUAUAUUUAUAUUAAAAUCUUUAUCGAAAAAAAUCAGAAGGAAAUUUUUUUUAUGUACAAUGUAAUCGAAUAGCAUAAUUUUCCAAUUUUCUUUUACGUUAUGAAGUUGAAUGUAUAGUAUACUUGUCCAGAAAC